CCGCAGUUGUGUAUUACAAAAGACAAGACAAGACAGGUGGGUCAAGUCUGUUGUUGCCGCCAAAGUUCGGUGUAUCCUAAUCAUAGUAAAUAGCAACCCAACCCCUCUCUCAACCCACAAUUCUUCUUCUUCUUCUUCUUCUUCUUCUUCUUCUUCUUCUUCUUAUUAUUAUUAUUUUUGUGUGUCUUUUGAUUCGGUUUCUCCGUCGCCACUUCCAAAACCUCGCCCCCCAUGACACUAUUAUUAUUAUUAUUAUGCCGUCGGAGAUUUGGGAAUUGAAGGCAAUUGAAGAUCGUGGAAACUAUGUAUCAGCUGCCUUACGUGCGGGAUCCCCAGUUGGAAUUACUCAUCGAAAGAAUUUACCCGCCGAGAGUUUGCAUAGACAACGAUACCUUUCAAGAUUGCACCCUCGUGAAGGUUGACAGUGCGAACAAACAUGGAAUUCUACUUGAGAUGGUGCAGGUUUUGACAGAUCUCGACCUCGUUAUUUCCAAAUCUUACAUUUCUUCCGACGGUGGAUGGCUCAUGGACGUUUUCCACGUGACUGAUCAGCUCGGCAAUAAAGUCACAGAUGAAAGUCUCAUCCAUUACAUUCAACAGGCCUUGUGCGUCAGUAGGAGUAGGAGAGAAGGGUCAUCAAAAACAGCAAGAACAUGCAUGGGAAGAGAAGUGUUGCCUCGUCACAUGGCAUCGGAGCAGACCGCGGUGGAGAUCAUUGGGACCGAUCGGCCAGGUCUCUUGUCGGAGAUAUUCGCCGUGUUGGUCGAUCUCGGCUGCAACAUCACCGCCGCGGUCGCUUGGACGCAUCAUAAAGCGGCAGCCUCCAUUGUCUACAUCGAAGAAGGUUGGAAGGGUGGACCCAUAAAGGACCCAAAACGGCUGGCCCAUGUGCAGGACCAACUUGAGAACGUGGUUGACGCCCAUAAUGGACUGGGCGAGACGAGCAGCGUGAGGUUGACGGCUCCAUCGGCCGGACGCACCCACACCGAGCGGCGGCUCCACCAGCUGAUGUAUGCCAAUGGCGACUACAAGCAGUGUUGUUGUCGCGACGAUGGCAAAAUAUGUAAAAAGGGUUGCACUCGAACGCAUGUAGGAAUAGAGAGUUGCAAGGAGAAAGGAUAUUCGGUUAUCAAUAUCAAAAGCCGGGACCGCCCAAAGCUGUUGUUCGACACGGUUUGCGCUCUUACCGACUUGCAGUACGUGGUGUUUCAUGCUGCAGUAAGUUCGAAGGGCAUUGUAGCUGAUCAGGAGUAUUUUAUUCGGCAUAAAGGUGGCUGCAUGUUAGAUACAGACAGUGAAAGGAACAAGCUUUCGUGGGCCUUGGUUGCAGCCAUAGAAAGAAGGGUUUCACAUGGGUUGAGGCUGCAACUUUGCACUCUGAACCGAAUGGGACUGCUAUCAGACAUCACAAGGAUAUUCCGUGAGAACGGCCUGUCGAUCUCGACAAUUGACGUCGGAACCAAUGGCGAGAGAGCAGUUGGGUCCUUCUUCGUCACGGAUGCGUCGGGGCACAGUGUGGAUCCACAGAGAGUGGAGUUGGUGAUCAAGGAGAUUGGAGGAUCAGUUGCUUUAAUUCAAGAGGCUUCGAAAUUGGCUGCUCAAGCCUCCUCCUCCUCAGCUUCAAGACCAAUUCAGGGGAUCAAAGAUGCAAGAGUUGAAGAUAAGCCAAGAUUUUCAUUGGGUAGCUUACUGUGGUCUCAGCUGGGACGCCUUUCCAGUAACUUUGGCUCUAUAUGAUCAUAAGGGAGGGCAUCCUAAUGUUGGACGUAUGUCUUGUAAAUAAGAUAGCACAGAAGCAUAGUAAGGUUAUUCGCUAGUGACAAUAAAGAUUAGUCGUGAACUAUCUCCUCUAGCCAAUACAACAAGGCUUUCUUAUUUGAAUGGUAUAUAGGGAAAAUGGAAUUAAUUAAUGAUUCAAUGUUCCAAAUUUGCAA